AUGGGUAAAAGUAAUAUCUUUAGAAGGAUACAUCAAAAUAAUACAUUCAAUAUGAAAAUGAAUAAAAAACAUCACAUAGAUAACGAGUGUAUUUUUAAUAAUUGCACUCCUCUUUCUACGCCUAGAAGUAUAUCAUAUAUUAUGAAUUCUAAUGAAUGUUAUGAUUAUAAAACAAAUAAAAUUGAAUAUAUAAGUUGUUUAAAAUUUUGUCCGAAACAAUAUAAUAAUAUAUUUAAAAAUAGUGAUAUUAUUUGUAAUAUAUUAUCAUUUUUAUCUUUUUCAGAAAGAUGGAAAUUUAGAUUAUUAAAUAAAUCUUUUUAUCAAGCAUUUCAUACAAAAUAUGCAUGGGCAAAUAUUGAUUUCCGUUUCCUUAAUGUUGAUUUAUUCAAUUUUAUUAAAAAAUAUAAUAAACUUUUUCUAAAUACAUUCUCUUUAUCUAUGUCUAUUAAUGGAGAUCAAAGUGUAGAAAUGAUCAUCAAUUUUAUUUUUAAACAUUUUAAUAAACUAAAAGAUUUAAGAUUAUAUUUCAGAAAAAAAAAUGCAAACUUUAUAUAUGAAAGUGUACAUCCUAUAGUAUCGAAUUUAUUAAAUUGUAAAUAUUUGAAGAAUAAUAAUAAUAAUAAUAAUAGGAAUAGGAAAGAAAUGCAUAAAAGAAAAAAAAAAAAUUCUCUCUAUCAAAAAAAACAAGCCCUUACCACCACAAACAACAACAACAACAACAACAAUAAUGAUAAUAAUAAUGAUGAUAAUAAUAAUAAUAAUAAUGGUAACCAUAUUAAUUGUACUCAUGCUAAUCAUAAUAAUAACUACGGAAAUAAUUAUAAUGAAUGUAAUGAUUCUAAUGAACACUGUAGAGAGAAGGAAAACCUUCAAACGUCUAAUUUUUCUCCUGAUAUACAUAUAGGACAAGAAAAUUCACCAAACAUAUCAAGACAUGCAAAAAAAAAAAAAAAAAAUAAACAAAUUGAUACGUCCCCCACAAAAAAAGAAAAAAAUAUAGAACACAUACAUAAUACUUAUAAUUCGUACUUGGACAGUGUUAAUCAUUACAAUGAUAUUCAUAAUAAUCUCCGGGAUGAUAACUUUGACAAUAUUGAGAAUUCAAGUUCAUCAACACAUAGUUCCUCAGAAAAACAGUGCACUCCAUUUUCUUAUGAACAUAUGGAUUGUAAUUUCGAAUUGAAUGAUUAUUUUUUACAAAAUAAUCAUUAUCAAAAAUAUUUACAAAAAAAAAACAAAGAGAAAAAAAAUGAAAUUGUAGAAAAGUAUCUUCAUAUUAUACAAAGCAAAAAAAUCUGGGCAUCAAAACGUUUGAAUAUCUCCAAUAAUUUUCAAUAUUUAGAAAGACUUAUUAUUGAUGUAGAAUUAAAAGGAGAAGAACUUUUAUGUUUUGUAGGCAAAUUGAAUAAUUUAAAAGAUAUUAUCAUCAGCAAACUUGUAUAUUCUAAUAAAUUAAAUAGAUCCCAAAGUAUUAUCAUAUUUACUUCUUUUAUAGAAAAAAUGAAACGAAAUAAUAUCAGACUCAUACAACUAGGUUUAUAUUUUAGAAUGGAACAUAAACCUAUCGAUUAUUUAAAUAAUGAAAAAUUCAGAAAAAUAUUAAGCGAAAGAAAAGAAUAUGUAUACGAUAUUAAUAAAGAGGAAGGAGAUGAACUUAUUUACAUCUUACAAAAAAAUCACUUAAAUUCUUUGUAUUGUCUAUGGAGUAAUGAUUUGUUCAUAUCUUUUGAAAUGUAUGAACAAAUCAAAAAGUUCAACAAUUUAAAAAUAUGGAUACUCCCAGGAUGGCGUGCCUUAUCAUUGGCAAAACAGUAA